AUGAAUCUUCCUUCCAUGCUUGCUGGCCUCGGCUGGAGCUCCUUGGUUGAAGACCAAUGUUUCAGCUUCUGUCCUGAAGCAGUCAGGAUGUUCUAUGUGAGCAUCAAACGUUGGCCAUGCCCUAAACCCUUGUUCUUCACCACUGUGGUUUAUAACCACAAAAUCAAGGUGACACCUGACUUGCUUGCCUCGGUUCUCUCAUUGCCCCACUCUGGUCUCCAAGCUGGGUUUGAUGGGGAGUUCCACGAUCUGGGGUUCGAUUUUUUACCUCGUUGUCUCUUCUCACUGAAGAUACAGGGAGGGGGAGGAGCUGGUGGGUUACUUCCUGCUGCACCUGAAGCAUCUCUUGAACUGGUUCCAGCAUUACUUAAGGCUGAUGUUUCAGCCAUCGAUGCUGAAGUAAUGAGAACCAAAGUUGAUGAGCCAAGUCAAGAUGGUUUAACCAAAGCAUCGCUUGGGUUGCUGCUGUGCAAGGAACGUCUGGAGCUUAUGCAGGCUCCCCAAGGAGAUCUGGAGGAUGUAGAACCUGCUCCUGAGGACUUUGAUCCUAUGUCCUCGGAUUCAGGAUCUGAUGAUGACAUCUUUGACUACGAAUCGCCUCCUAAAUAUCCCUUCUAG